GAAAAAUGCUUUCUUCUUAACGAAAAUGGAUACAAAGAGGAUUUUUGUAAUGGGAUUGGGUUCCAAGUUUUAAAUGGGCAAUAGCUUCUUCUCUUUUCGUGUAUAUUGCUCCCAGACCUUCUUGUUAAUUUUGUUAUUGGAAUUGGGAUUUUCUUAACAUUCUAGGGUUCUGAAAAUUAUAAAGUUUAAUCACUAACUUUCAUUAAGUACAAUCUUUAUUUUUGUCAUAAAUACAAACUAUUUCUUACAUUAAACAAAAAAAUAGGAGUAAUAGGAAAAAAAACAGGCAGCAUAUGGCUGCAGUACAGCCAACACAUAGGAAGGAAGGAGGAAAAGGAUAGGCUGCUGCAAUUAGUGAAACCAGAAAUGGAAGCAAGUCUAAUUGGAGUAGUUAUGAACACCAAAAGCCAUAAAUCUCUGGGUUUACCAUCCGGAUGGAAAACCAUCGGUCCAGAUUCACUCUUCAAGAAAUCUAACGGUUCAUGGAUAUGUUUUCCCAGACCCAAACCCUCCCCACCAAGACCCAUCAUCAGUUCUGCCAUCCCAACCAUACCAGAGAUCAUGGAGACAUCAAGAGCUCAGAAUAUUGACCUCCAGCUCACCACAGUGGGACCCUUUUUCAGGGUAACAGCCAGAAACCUGAAAACCAAGAAUGAGAUUGGGGUGGCUCAAGGGAUAACGAGGGUAUGGUUUGGGGGCAAAAUUCUGCAUCUGGACUCCAUUAAGCUGAGGAAGGAGACAGUUGGGAUGGAGAAGUCUUUAUUUGGGAUAGGAGUUUUUAUUGGAGCAGUGGCAAUCAGGCAUGGAUAUGACUGUGGAUGUACCAAAGCUGAGUUGCUCGCCAUUAAUGACACUCCUCUUUACCACUCCAAGCUGGUCAGAUUCUACAAAAGAAUAGGGUUCAAAGUGGUGCAAGAAGUGAAGGGUGAGUCACUGGGAGAUGUGGGGCACAUGCUAGUUUGGGGAGGUAUAGGGACCAGAAUGGAUGCUGAAAUUAAAGAUCUCCUCAUCAAAUGGUGUUCCAGAUUCAAACCAGUACAAGGGCUCCAGCCUGACUCACCUGAAAUAUCUCCCCCAAACUGCCUCCCACCACUGAAUGAUAAGAGCUCUGUAUAAUCUUGAUUCACUAUGGUUUU